UUGUCCUCUUUAUAUAAAUUCAAGCUUUUACUAUCAAAAUUCAAUGCCUCCUGCCCCUUUUUAUCAACCACACAACUCUUCUCACUCUCCCCUCUCGACCCAAAGGCGAAGGCAAACAUGGAAGCCUGGUUCAUCAUCCUCAUCACCGUCGCCAUUUCUCUUCUCCUUAGAGCUCUCUUCGACUUUUUCUCAUUCCCUUCCAAGAAACCUUCCCAUACUCUCCCUCCAGGCCCUGCUAAAAUUCCCGUUAUCAGCAGCAUCAUAUGGCUCAGGAGAACCUUUGCCGAGCGGGAACCAAUCAUCAGGAACCUCCACAAAAAGCUUGGUCCAAUGGUCACUCUCAACAUUCUUUCUCGCCCUGCCAUUUUCAUCUCCGAUCGUUCCCUCACCCACGAGGCAUUAAUUGAAAACGGUGCUUUAUUUGCUGACCGCCCUGAAGCCCCAGUCAUAGGCAAGAUUGUAAGCUGCAACCAACAUGAUAUCAACUCUGCUUCCUAUGGUCCUACUUGGAGACUUUUGAGGCGUAACCUCACAGCUGAAAUCCUCCAUCCUACGCGUUUAAAAUCCUACUCUCAUGCACGCAAAUGGGUUCAUCAAAUUCUGUUAGAGUCGUUAAUGUCAAACUCAAACACAGGUGAGCCGGUUCGUGUCGUGGAUCAUUUUCGAUAUGCUAUGUUCUGUUUAUUAGUGCUGAUGUGUUUUGGUGACAAGCUUAGUCAAGAACAAAUUAAAGAGAUUGAGAAUGUUCAGCGCCGUUUGUUGUUGGGCAUUGCUGGGAAAUUCAAUAUGCUCAAUUUCUGGCCUAACUUGACAAGGGUUUUACUUCACAAACGUUGGAAGGAGUUCUUCCAGGUCAUUGAGGACCAAGAGAACGUGUUGGUUCGUUUGAUAAGAGCACGGAAGAAAGUGAAAGAGGAGAGGUUGAGCAAGAGUAACGAGGAAGCUGAUGUCGAGUAUGUUUUGGCGUAUGUUGAUACCUUGCUUGAUCUUCAACUCCCAGAGGAAAAGAGGAAACUUACAGAGAAGGAAAUUGUUAGCUUGAGCUCUGAGUUUCUCAAUGCUGGAACAGAUACUACCUCCACUGCUUUGCAGUGGAUUAUGGCAAAUAUGGUGAAAUAUCCACAUGUUCAAGAGAAGCUGUUCAUGGAGAUUAAAGGGGUUAUGGGAGAUGGAGAGGAAGAGGUCAAGGAAGAUGAUUUGCAGAAGAUACCUUAUUUGAAGGCAGUGAUCUUGGAAGGGCUAAGAAGACAUCCACCAGGCCACUUUGUUCUGCCUCAUACUGUGAGAGAAGAUACAGUCCUGGGAGGAUUUUUGGUCCCCAAGAACGCUAUCAUUAAUUUCCUGGUAGCAGAUAUGGGGUGGGAUCCAGAAGUAUGGGAGGAUCCAAUGGCAUUUAAGCCUGAGAGAUUCCUUAGCAAUGACAAUAAGAGUGGGGAAGUGUUUGAUAUAACAGGAAGUAGGGAAAUCAAGAUGAUGCCAUUUGGGGUAGGAAGGAGGAUUUGUCCUGGACUCGGCUUGGCCAUGCUUCAUCUAGAGUAUUUUGUGGCAAAUCUGGUUUGGAACUUUGAAUGGAAGGCUAUGGAUGGAGAUGAGGUGAGCUUGGAGGAGAAGCAGGAGUUCACAGUGGCGAUGAAAACUCCAUUGCAGGCACACAUUUAUCCUAGGAAAAGAUAAGAUACUGAUAUUUUACUAGGAUAUUAAAGAACAUGUAAGGUCAAUUAUAAAAAUACUUGUAAUAGAGGCCAUUGUAAACCUUAAUUAGUUAGAUAAGCUUCUAUUUAAACCAGAAUGAUACUACUGUACCUUCUACCAGAAUUGUAGCAACAAACUUCAUUAAUAUCACAUACCUGAAAUGCAUGUGUCUGUUCAUGGA